AUGGCUUCAACCGGUGUUGAGAGCGGCCGCGGCGUAGACACGGGCAGGACGGCCACGUCGCCCUUGAAGCCCAACAUCGGGGUGUACACCAACCCAAAGCACGACCUUUGGGUCACGGCGGCCGAGCCGAGCGCCGAGAGCGCCAAAGCCGGCGCCCACCUCGAGCCCGGCGAGGUCACCAUUGCCAUCCGGAGCACUGGCAUCUGCGGGUCCGACGUGCACUUCUGGCGCCACGGCAGCAUCGGCCCCAUGGUCGUCGAAGGCGACCACAUACUCGGCCACGAGUCCGCCGGAGACGUCAUUGCCGUGCACCCGUCGGUCAAGCACCUCAAGGUCGGCGACCGCGUGGCCGUCGAGCCAAACAUCAUCUGCAACGCCUGCGAGCCCUGCCUGACGGGGCGCUACAACGGCUGCGAGAGCGUCGAGUUUCGGUCAACCCCCCCCGUACCGGGCCUGCUGCGCCGCUACGUCAACCACCCGGCCGUGUGGUGCCACAAGAUCGGGUCCAUGUCCUACGAAAACGGAUCCAUGCUGGAGCCGCUGAGCGUCGCGCUGGCCGGCAUGCAGCGCGCAAAGAUGCAGCUCGGAGACCCCGUCCUGAUCUGCGGCGCGGGCCCCAUCGGGCUCGUCACGUUGCUCUGCUGCGCCGCGGCGGGCGCGUGUCCGCUCGUCAUCACCGACAUCUCCGAGAGCCGCCUGGCCUUUGCCAAGGAGCUGUGUCCUCGCGUCAUCACCCACAAGGUCGAGAAGGCGUCGGCCGAGGAGGCUGCCAAGGCCAUUGUCAGGUCAUUCGGCGGCGUCGAGCCCGCGCUGACCAUGGAGUGCACCGGCGUGGAGAGCAGCAUCGCGGCCGCCGUCUGGGCGUCCAAGUUUGGCGGCAAGGUCUUCAUUAUCGGCGUCGGCAAGAACGAAAUCAGCAUCCCCUUUAUGCGCGCGAGCGUGCGCGAGGUGGACAUCCAGCUGCAGUACAGAUACUGCCACACUUGGCCGCGGGCCAUCCGGCUCGUCGAGAGCGGCGUCAUCGACCUGUCCAAGCUCGUCACGCAUCGGUUCCCGCUCGAAGAGGCGCUCAAGGCGUUUGAGACGUCGGCGGAUCCAAGCAGCGGCGCCAUCAAGGUGCAGAUUCAGAGCUUCGAUUAG